AUGCCUCGCCAGAUCUUCAAGAACAAGGUCAUCGCCGUGGCCGGGCCGCUGCCAGGCGACCUGACGGUGGAAAACCUGAGGCGAUGGACGUCCCUGCGCCGGGGCCAGUUCGUCGACGACUUUGACGAGACGGUGACGCACCUGCUCUGCACGGAGGAGCAGUUCAACAAGCGGGCUCCUCGAGUCAAGGAGGCGCUCAAGCGCGGCAACCGCGCCCACAUUGUGCACUUUGACUGGUUCGAGAUCUCGGCCGUCAACGAGAAGCGGCAGCACGAGAGCGAGUACUCGAUGCGCGACGUGCUGGCCAAGAAGAACGCCGCCAGACGAGAGCGGGAGCGCGUCGAGAGGGGCAAGAGGGAGGGCGAGCGGUUCGUCAACACGAACCUUUAUCACAUCUACAGCGAUAGGAUGAACUUUUACUACCAAUUCGAUAUUCGGCGCGACGACGAGUCCUUGGGCGAGCAGGGCCAGCGCUACCAGCUUUGUCUAUGGGAGUCCAACGCGAAGCCGCACCUGUACUGGUUCACGGCCAAGUUCCUCAAGCGCAAGGGCGACAGCCAGCCGACGUACCACCGGCCGAGCCCGCACUCGGGCAAGUGGCGGCACGAGAUGGACCUCAUGACCGACUUCUUCCGCAAGAAGACGGGCGUCGCGUGGGAGGACCGCGUGCUGCUGCACAAGACGAUGCCGAGCUCCUUUUUCCAGUAUACGCCGCCGACUGGAGGAAAGUCCGUUGGACGAAGGUUGAGCUUGCCGUACGAGGACUGCCUCCAGAAGAAUGCUGAGCUGCGCGGCCUGCCGUGGCCUCCGCCAGAGGAAACCCAGGUUCAGGAGUCAACAGAGCUCGACUCGGGCGAGGAAGAUGGCCCCAGGCCCCUCCAUGCCCUCGAUGAGCACGAGGCAGGAGACGGAGAUCAAGUAUCUUCGCCAACGACCGAGGCAGAGCUCCCGUUGGAGCUGGCUGCGCCUCUCACCCCUGAGAGCCUUGCUGGUGAGCGCUCGGCCGACGCUGAUAUUGAGAUGGAUGAGGCAGAGAUGUUGGAGUCGGCUUCGGUGGCCACGCCGGAUGCCGGACCCGUACUGGACCAAGACGUUGAGAUGCCGACUCCGCCGGAGGAUGUGGCCGCUGAGUUGGACUGAGGCGCCUCGCUGAUGAUGGGUGGUGGGAUCGGGCAAUGGGAGCGCAGGACAGUUCGAAAGGUUACAUUCAAUGAGGACACGCCGAUUUCAAGAGCUACAAACUCAUUCAUGUGAAUCGAA